UCAAUUCUGCAAGUGGUUCUGAUUUACUAUCGCUGUUCUUUAGCCGGUCUAAAACUGCUUUUGACCUAAGGGGACGCUUUUUGGAUGCCAUGGACUUUUCUAAGUUUCCAGGCAGAAAGAACAGUCAAAAUGCAGACAGGGGACAGGACAAAGCACUCGGGACAAAAUGUAUGUGAAUAUGUAAAAUUUGUUUUGAAAAAAAAUGACAUUUUUUUUAAAUUUUCAAAUUUCCCGCCGCCGGCGGCGCCCGUACGUCCCCGACGUCACAGAGACUGUUACACAGAAGCCGGAUGCCGGGAUCAGCCGGAGGAGAUGGCCGGGGACGCUGCAGGGGACACA